AUGCCUUUAAAUAAUUUCCCCGCUCAGUUCAUAGUGCUGUUUGUCAUUUAUACAUCUUUGACAUUCAUUUCGUGUAGCGAUCCCCAUUGCGUGUGGUAUGGAGAAUGUAACUCUGAUAGGAAUCUACACAAACAGAAUUGCGUCUACAAUGGAACGGCGAAGCCUUUAGAAGACAAACCAGCAUUAAAAAUUCUUCGGGAUUGGUGCCCUCAUUUCCCAAAUGAUGGCAAUGUUAGAACAUGCUGUGAUCCUAAUCAACUGCAGACAAUGAGCUCAAAUUUAGCUCAAGCAGCUGCUAUCGUGAAACGUUGCCCGUCUUGCUUGCAAAACCUCGUUAAUCAUAUAUGUGAUGUGACGUGCUCAGUGAAUCAGUCGGAUUUUAUGAAUGUUACAAAAGUGAAGACUAAUGUAACAACUGGAAAAAAGUAUAUUACUUCUGUGGAUAUACACAUUUCAAAUAAAUAUGUUUUUGGGACCUAUGAUUCCUGUAAAUAUGUGUCUGUACCGUCAUCUGGACAACUUGCAAUGGAUAUGAUGUGUGGUGAUUGGGGAGCAAGUGCAUGUUCAGCGACUAAAUGGUUUAAGUUCCUUGGCAGCACAAAAGAAAAUCCUUUUGCGCCAUUUCAAAUGACAUACAAAUUCUAUGACAAACCUUUCAAAGACUUUAAACCAUUAAAUCCACAUGUGACACCAUGCAAUGAAUCGGUAAAUGAAAAUUCAACAGCUUGCAGUUGUAUUGAUUGCGAAGGAAGUUGUCCCAUACCUCCACCAAUUCCAGAACCUCCAAAGCCAUUUGAAAUAUUUGGUUUUGAUGGGUAUAUUUUUGUAAUUAUUCUCAUGUAUGUAGUUACAACAGGAAUAUUCCUCAUCUACAUUUGGGUUGUUCCCAAUAAACUAAUGGUAGUGGCAAGAGACGAAACAGAGUAUGGGUCUCCAUCUCAAAGAUCAAGAAUGCACACCCCCACAUUCCCUUCAGACUCUCCAAGUAAUAAAAAUGAGACCCUAGGAGAAGAAGGAAACAUUCAAAAUGUAUCUGAAGAAAAAACAUGGUUUUUGCAACGAACUGGAAAUGCCCUUGAAAAAGCUCUGGAAAAUGGAUUUUACAAAUGGGGUGUUUGGUGUGCUCAGCAUCCGUGGUUAGUGUUGUGUGUUGGCAUAGUUGCAGCUGUUGGCCUUGGAUGUGGCAUAAAAUUUUUGCAUGUUACAACGGAUCCUGUAGAGCUUUGGGCAGCUCCAGAUAGUCGUUCUCGAAUGGAGCGAGAAUACUUCGACAGGCAUUUUGAACCAUUCUACAGAACAGAACAAGUAAUCAUACGUUCAGUAGGAUUGGACAGAGUAUAUCAUAACACAUCUGAAGGGGAGCUGGUAUUUGGACCUGUGUUUCAACGGGAAUUUCUUUACGCAGUGCUAGACCUACAAAAUAAGAUUCUGUCAAUUGGACAAAAAGAAAACAAAGGGCUCGAAAAGAUUUGCUUUGCACCUAUGUCUUCUGUUUUUACUGGAACAGUGAAUGUGGAACAAUGUGUUGUGCAAAGUAUAUGGGGCUACUAUCAGAAUAGUAUUGAAAAUUUCAAUUAUACAGACACAGACCCCGAUGGCUACAUUACGAAUUAUUUAGAUACCUUCAAGAAAUGUUCUCAGAAUCGAUACAAUGUUGACUGCCUUGCACCCUAUGGUGGUCCAGUUGAUCCCGCUAUAGCAUUAGGUGGUUUUUUAAAACCUGGGGAAAACUUGCAAGAUCAUCCAAAUUAUGACAACGCCAGUGCAGUUAUCCUCACAUUUCUUGUCAAUAACCAUAACAAUAAAACCAAUCUUGCUCCAGCCCUAGAAUGGGAAAAGAAAUUUAUUGAUUUUAUGAAGAACUGGAUAAAAACUAAACCUGAUUUCAUGGAUGUUGCGUUCACAUCUGAACGUUCGAUUGAAGAUGAAUUAGAUAGGAGUUCCCACUCGGAUAUUUUUACCAUUUUAGUCAGCUACCUUAUAAUGUUUGUGUAUAUCACUAUAUCCUUGGGACAUAUUCGAAACUCUAGUCAUUUUCUGAUAGACAGUAAAAUAACAUUGGGAUUGUGUGGAGUGAUGAUUGUAUUGGUAUCUGUUGCUUGUUCAGUAGGAUUUUUUGGUUACAUGGGCAUUCCAGCAACCCUCAUAAUUGUAGAGGUAAUUCCAUUCCUUGUGUUGGCUGUAGGUGUUGACAAUAUAUUCAUUUUAGUGCAGACACAUCAGCGAGAAGGUGUCAUGCCUGGAGAAAGUUGUGCUCAGCAUGUGGGACGAACAUUGGGAGCUGUGGGACCUUCCAUGUUACUCACAACUGUUUCAGAAUGCUGUUGUUUCUUUUUAGGUGGACUUUCUGAUAUGCCAGCUGUGCAUGCCUUUGCAUUAUAUGCUGGACUAGCCCUUUUUAUUGAUUUUGUACUUCAAAUAACAUGUUUUGUUAGCCUUCUUGCACUUGAUUCAGAACGGCAGUCUGAGAACAGAUUAGAUGUUUGUUGCUGUUGCAGGGGCUCGUACUCUUUUGAAGAAGCAAACGGAGAAGGAUUUCUUUAUAGAUUUUUCAAAAAAAGAUAUGCUCCUUUUAUUUUAAGUAAACCUGUGCGCCCUGUGGUAUUAAUAUUGUUUUGGGGACUGUUUUGUGUAAGUAUAGCUGUGGGACCACGGGUUGAAGUUGGAUUAGAGCAAGAACUGUCAAUGCCUGAAGACUCGCAUGUGAUGAAAUAUUUUGAGUUUCUGAAAGAUUAUCUUUCCAUAGGGCCUCCUGUAUAUUUUGUUGUGCGAUCUGGAUUGAAUUACACAGAUCCUACAGUGCAGAAUGUGAUUUGCAGUGGCCAGUUUUGUGACAGUGACUCUCUAACAUCUCAAAUAUAUAUCGCUUCAAAACGGCAAAAUAUGACAUAUAUUGCUCAUGCAGCUUCUUCCUGGUUAGAUGAUUACUUUGAUUGGUCUUCUCUUUCAAAUUGCUGCCAAUAUUACCCCCAAAAUCAUUCAUAUUGUCCACGUGAAAUGCCAAAUUGUUUACCAUGUCGUAUCCCUCAUAAUAAGAUGAAUCGGCCUCUGAAUUCAUCAAUUUUUGAUCACUAUUUGCAGUUCUUUUUGGAAGAUAACCCUGAUUCACAAUGUGCAAAAGGAGGACAUGCAGCAUAUUCACAUGCUGUCAAUUAUGUGAAAGGUACAAAUAACAUAUCUGAAGUUGGUGCUUCCUAUUUUAUGACUUAUCAUACUGUGCUAAAAACUUCGAAGGAUUAUUAUGAAGCUCUUGCUGCUGCUCGUGAAGUGGCUGACAAUGUGACUAAGACCAUAAAUUCUGAUCUGAGCAUGAAAGCUAAUGAGACUAUCGAAGUAUUUCCUUACAGCGUUUUUUAUGUAUUUUAUGAACAGUAUUUAGGAAUGUGGUACAUUACUUUGAGAAGCUUGUUGGUCUCAGUGUUAGUGAUUUUUGUUGUUACUUUCAUUUUAAUAGGCUUGAACUUCAUGGGAUCUGUGAUAGUGAUGAUAACAAUAUCAAUGAUUCUUGCAAAUAUUAUUGGACUUAUGUACUGGUGGAAUAUUUCUUUAAAUGCGGUCUCUCUUGUGAAUUUGGUGAUGGCAAUGGGUAUAUCUGUUGAAUUUUGUAGUCACAUUGUUCAUUACUUUAUCAAUUCAUCAAAGAAAUCAAGACUACAUCGUGCCUUAGAUUCUCUUAUAAAUAUGGGUACGUCUGUAUUGUCAGGAAUCACAUUGACAAAAUUCCUUGGCAUAGCUGUGCUUGCGUUUGCUCAUUCUGAAAUAUUUAGGGUUUUCUACUUUAGAAUGUAUUUAGGAAUAAUUAUUUAUGGUUGUUUGCAUGGGCUUGUUUUCUUGCCUGUUCUCUUAAGUUAUUUAGGACCUAAUGGCCAGGGAAUAGUUCAUGUUUAUCGUGAAGGCUACACGCCAAUUCCCUCUUCUGAUAUCGUUGAAGAGACAAGUAGAGAGGUUCCAAUGGACCUCCAAUCGCUAAGUGACUUCGCGCCCGUUGAUGAGUGGAGAAACUGCCCAUCUCCUGAUUCCCCCCGAAAACAUGUAAAAUCUACUGCAGUAGUAAAAUAUUCUACUGUUCAGUCUUUGGCAAACUUCGCUGUUCUGCAGUGCAAUACGGAUCUUAAUUCUCCCCCAUCUAAUUGGCUAAGCAGUUCAGCUGAUUCCUAUGGAUUACAGCAUGUUCCUUCUCAUUCUACAGGUUUUUCAAGCUUUCGCAUGGCACACAUGUUUCCAGAAUGUGUUGGAGAAGUAGAUGUGGUGUCAGAUGCAGAGAACAUAAAAAAGUUACUAAAGAUUCCGUACAGUAAAGGACCUGUUAGCAUGAUGGUCCACCGUAUUGAAAAUACACUUCUUAUUGAUGAAUUCGACAUACACAAAUAUUUACUUCGGACCGCAGAGUCAGAAUGGGAAUGGUUGAAGAAAUUUUUUUUUGAGCAUGUGUUGCAAUCUUUGAAUGAGAAGGCUGACCCUCCUCUUCCAGAGCCUAAAUUAGAGGAAGAAGUCCCUGAUCCAACUUCCAAUCAUAAAUUUGCCCGCAAUGUAGUAUGGACUUUUGAAGAUAUUCAGAUGCUGAUUGGAACUAACCUUCCCAUUUUUGGAGGAAAGACCCAUCCUUGUAUCAGCUUGAAGUUGAGAGACAUGACAAAACCUAUAAAUGUUCUCACUGGAAUUGAUUAUUGGCUAGAUAACUUAAUGUGCAAUGUUCCUGAGUUGGUAAUGUGUUAUCAUUUGGAUGGCAUUGUUCAGAAAUAUGAAUUGAUCAAGACUGAAGAUCUUCCUCAUUUGGAAAAUUCUAAAUUUUCCCCAAAGGUGAUACGUGAUGUAGCACAGAAUAUACUGUCAUUCUUGAAGUCAAACGCUACUAAGGCAGGCCACACUUACUGGUUAUUUAAAGGGAAAGAUGCAGAAAUUGUGAAGUUGUAUGAUCUGACUUCACUUUGCAGUGAAAUGAUGGAUGAAAAGGGUCAGAAUCCUUUUACUGUUCCUGUGGCUAUGCUACUAUAUAGGGUGGCAAGGAAUAUGAAACAUUCACCUGAUGGACAGAGACAACACGGCACUAUUCGGAUGUUGCUCAAGAACUGUAUAGAGUUACUUGAUAAGGAGAAGUAUCCUCAGAUAGUGACUUCAGCCCACUACAUGCUGUCAGAUCUGUACAUUCCAGCUGACACAGAUCCCUCGUCACCUAAUUUGGCUGAAAAUUUGGACGAUGAGAGAAGUGCUUCUGAGUAUGAUGAAGGGGAUGAGGUAGAAGAACGGGAGGAUAACAGGGAGGGGGAAACAAAUUUUGGCUCCAGUAGCAGUGUGGACGUGAAAUCACUCUGUGUUGCGACUUCAUUCCCUGCUGGUGAUUCAGCUCCUCCUCCACCUCUAAGUGGGGAUGUGAAGGAACGAUGCAACUCUGCACUGGAACAUGUUGGUGCAGGACUGCAGUGUUUGACUCUGUUUGGAACCAAACCAGAAGAUUCUUCAGAGCACUGUAGUGCGAGCUAUGAUAGAAACAAUUCAAAUCGUGAGCCAACAGAACCUGAUGGUCCAAGUAUGGCUAAGCCUUUUGAAGCUAUACCCAUGCCAUACACGCCUUUGAAAAGUCAGAAACAGGAGAAGGAAAGAAGCUGCAGUCCCAGUAAACAGGUGCCUUCCACUAGUUCAAGGAAAUCCAAAAAGGAUACCAGUUUUGAACAAGAUCAAAAUUCUCCUGAGGUCCAGCUUUCUCCUCGAUCUCUUCUGUGCAAAUAUCGUGCUGAAGCUAUGCCCACAUGGCAGCAGCCUAAACCUAGUGACAAAGUAUUCUGGAGAGCACAUCUCAAGAUUUUAUUGCAUGAAAAGGCAUGCUUGGUUUAUGCCACAUUAGCAGAAAGUGAAUACAGUGCUUCAAGGUACGGCAGUGCUUUGCGAUACAUUGGCAUGGUACUCCGAUGUCAGCAGCAGUUGGAAGUUGUUGCUCAGGGUACUCUGAAUUUAGGACUACAAAGUUAUCUCUUGGGUCGAGCUGGAGAUUUAUGCUUUAUGAUUGUACAAGACUGGGCAAAUGUUACAUCUCACCGUGAAGAAUAUAGUGUAUUAUCAGAAGUUGACAAGGAAGUCUUGAAUGAAGUAGAACGUGAUGGAUCUUCAUCAAACAGUUCUGAUUAUUUGUUGGAGCUUGUUCCUCAAACCAUUGAUAGCAUGGAACAAAUGCUUCUAGCUAGUAGAAGUUGCUAUCAGCAAGCUUUGCUUCUGGAGCCUUUAGAGCAACAGUGCAGUAAUUUAAGACGUCGUCUUGGAAAUAUUGAAAAUGAACUUGGUGUACUCUUUAUGAACCAAGCUGCAGUGUGCUACCAAGAAAAUGGGUUAGAGCGGCAAGCAGGUACCAGUUCUGCUCUCCAAGCUUUGCUUAACAAAUCUCUGCAUCAUCUUGAAAGUGGAGUCCAAGCAUUUGAAACCGUCCAUGAUGAAGCAAACUUGGCAUUGCUUCUCUCUAAUACUGGUCGUUUAAUGCGCAUGUGUGCACACUACCACUCACCUGAUUCAAGCAGUCGUUCAGAGCUUGGUGGUCAGGAAAGACAUUUCUAUCAAAAGGCUCUUACAAGUUAUCAGAAGGCAUUGCAAGUACUUGGAAAUAGGAAAUGCAAUCCAGAUAUAUGGGAUACAGUCAUGUGGGAAUUGUCUACAACUUUAUUCAGUAUGGCAACCAUCCUUCAAGAUUUCCCAUCAUUAGGAAAUAAGUCCUCAGAAGAGGCUGAAAGAGAAGUUGUUGAAUACCUCCUUAAAGCACUGAAAUACUGUGAUCUGGAGACACCAGGUUCACGACAGUUAAUAUAUCAGUUUCGUGCAGCAACCAUUCAUCAUCGUUUAGCUUCUCUCUAUCAUCGUUCUUUUCGAAACCUUCCUGUUGAAGAUUCCAAAAGGAAGAAUGUCUUACAAUUAUCUCGUUUACAUUAUGAGAAAGCAAGCAAGCUUUUACUGCUGCUCGAGCAUCCUUCUGAUUUCCUACGAGUGCAAAUGGAAAGAGUUGCUCUUGUGGAAUACCAGGCACAGAAUGCUACCAGUAAUGCAGUUCGCAUAAAGCACCUUCAAUCUGCAAUGGAACUACUUUGUCAAUGUAUACCCAUGCUGCAUGUUGUAAAAGAGAGACUAACUGUGGUAGAUAUGAAUGGGAAGAAGAAAAGGCAGCAGAAACAUCCAUCUGAAGACAGUGAAGCUUCUCUUGCACAAAGUGUACAGAAUCUUUGUGUAGAUGAGAACAAACAAAAAUUUGGUCAAAGAAAGGACAUGGCCCCAGGGGUUUCUAAAUCUUCUGCAGAAGAAGAUUGUGCUGAGAAAGAAGAAAUUGAAUCACUUUUGCGCUUGUUAGAACAACGAUUGCAGUUUGUCUUGUUACAGUUAGCGAAACUUCAUCACAGUCGAGGUGGACAAGCUAAGAAAGAUGCCGAUAAUUCAGCUCAACUGUACAAAAAUUUGUACAGCAUAGCUUUAAGAAAGAAUGAUUCUACAGUUGGGUGUGAACUUGCCAAACAUAUUUUUUAUGUGUUGUCAGAGACAGAAAAUGCUCUGAGACAAACUUUUUCUGGGACAAAAACUCGGUGACCACUUUACCUAGAAUUGCUAGUGCCUCGUGAUUUGACUGGACUGUUACUUCGUGUGUUAAAAAGUGCAUUUUGCCUCUUGGCAUAUUGUAAUUAGUAUUAUUUAUGAAGUGUAUUGAAUUUGAUGCAUUUGUACAAAAUGUUUAUUGACAUUGUAUAUUACUGUAUUAUUUAUACCCUGUACAAAUAAAAAAUCUACUUAUUUGAAGAGAAAUAAGUAAACUUAUUUUCUUUCUUCAUAUUAUAAA